CAGGAGCCCAGUUUCCUGUGCGCAGCGCCUGACGUGUGGGUCCCUCUCUUUUCUGCAGCUCAAGGGAAAGACAAGAUCUUGCACAAGGCACAGCAGCCCUUGGCCAGGGUGGGAGGCAUGGAGCCUCUCUGGCUGCUCUUCCUGCUCUUUGUCACAGAGUCGGGCGGAGCCCCCAACACCACAGUGCUCCAGGGCGUGGCGGGCCAGUCCCUGCAGGUCUCCUGCCCCUACGACUCCACCAAGCACUGGGGGCGGCGCAAGGCCUGGUGCCGCCAGCUGGACCAGGAGGGCCCGUGCCAGCGCGUUGUCAGCACGCACAGCCUGUGGCUGCUGGCCUUCCUCAAGAAGUGGAAUGGGAGCACGGCCAUCACGGACGAUGCCCUGGGCGGCACCCUCACCAUCACCCUGCGGAAUCUUCAAGACCACGACGCUGGCCUCUACCAGUGCCAGAGCCUCCGUGGCAGUGAGGCCGACACGCUCCGGAAGGUGCUGGUGCAGGUGCUGGCAGACCCCCAGGAUCACCAGGACACGGAAGACCUCUGGGUCCCCGAGGAGUCUGGGAGCUUCGAGGCUGUCCCUGUGGAGCACAGUAUCUCCAGGGAGACUCCCUUUCCACCUACUUCCGUCCUCCUCCUCCUGGCCUUCAUCUUUCUCAGCAAGCUGCUGACUGCCGGCGCUCUCUGGGUGGCAGCCUGGCGGUGCCAGAAGCAGAGGAGCUUUCCAGCCAGCGGGCAGGGCUGUGGCGACAACCCAGGGCACUGGCUCCAGAUGCUGACAGGUGGGCUGGGGAGCCUGGCGAUGGCUGGGGGGCGGCAGGGCGGGAGGGCUGAGCACGGAUCAUUGCAGGCUCCACGGAUGCAUGAGAGGAGAGGACCCCAGAUGGGAGAAGCUGGGGAGAGGCCGUCCAGGAGCCACCCCAGCGCUCGCUCGAGACUCCUGGUUCUGCCCCAGCAAGACAUCACUCACCCUGUACCCUGCUUGCUCUGGGGCCUGGAAGGGGGCCGUGUGUGUGUGUGUGGGGGGGGGGGAAGUGUUUUGGGAGGCAGGUCACUUCUCAACUCCUGGGCUUUGGACGUUAAACACUCUCAGAAGUCAAUCCACGACUGUCCUGCUUUACUGGAUUCGGGCCUUCCAGAAGCUCUUCUCUUUUGCUUCCUGGCUAGGGUUAGGGCUAGGGUUAGAUGAAGGAAAGCUAAAGGAUCUCACUGCUCGGGGCCUCAGGUCCAGAGGUACCAUGUCCCUCUAUUCUCAAAGGCUCCCAUCCGGCCAACCUUUUCCUUUUUCUCUUCCCUUCCCUAGAUUCAGGCACCAAGUCAGGCCCCCUUCUCCUGUCACCCUGUGCUCUCCUGUGCUCAUUCCCUCCCUCUCCCUUCUUCUCCCUCCCUGUUUCUCUCCCUCUCCCUCUCCCUCCCUCUCCCUCCCUCCCCUUCUCUCUCUCCUCUCCUUCCCCCUCUCCUUCCCCCCUCCCUCUCUCUCCUCUCCCUCCCGCUUCUUUCUCUGCUUCUCCCUCCCUCUCCUCUCCCCUUCCCUUCCCCCUGCUUCCUGGGACUAUUGCCAGCUGUUAGGUGCAGGGCAGGCUGAACUAAGCUGUCUGCAGGGCAGGCUGAACCAAUGUUAGCUGCAGGAUGACCCAGGCACUCAAACCCCCCUCUGUCUGGUCCUUUAUCACCUGUUUGUGUCAAGUCCGAACACUCAGCCCCACUCAAGGCUGAGCACUCAACCCCCACCUGUCUGGUGCAAUGGAAACCCACAUCUAGUCCCUGCCCCGUCUGCCUGAAGGCCAAAGAUGACACCACUGUGUGACCCAAUCACUGUAGGCCAACAAGGCAGCCUGCAGACCAGAGACCCCAUUAGAUUUGGGCUAUAAAAAGCUCCCUCCUGCCAGUCCCUCUCUCUUGCUCUUGCUCUCUCUUUCUUCUCUUGCUUUUGCUCUCCCUCUCUCUCACUCUCUCCUCCCCUCUCUCUC